CCGUUUUUGAAUAUGACGCUCGCGGAGCUGUUGAGCCUUCAAAGUUAAAACAAGCAAAGCUUUACGAAAUAUGUCAUUAUUAACUUUGGAAAGGCAAUCCUCUAUGUUUUUACCUUAGUUUCAGAUUAAUCUGCUAGUGAAAAACGAGCCCGCUGAGAGAAACAAAGGGUCCAACCUUCAUGGGUAACAUUGAGCUAAUGUGUGAGCUAAAGUAAAGCUAACGUUAGCAGAAGGAAUGAGCGAACGAGGCCGCUGCAGUUCCGGUACUUUACGGUAUCUUUGGGAGUUAGUUGGGAGUUAGUUGGGUCAACUCGUCGUGCUCUAUUCAUUUUAACGUUCUCUAGUUGAAGAAGAACCUGGCGUGUGAUGUAGCCUGCUGGUGUGUUAGCUGAACCAGUGAUGCACGCUGCUGGGAAACACGGAAUCCAAAUCAAGAGAGUAUCCUCGAGAAAGCGCUCCAGGGACCGGAACACUCACCUGACACCUGUGGGGAAGAGGGGCGGAGCUACCUGCGCACAGCCAUGCCCCAGAGCCGGGGGGCUCGGAAGCAUCAUGGCUGCUGAGUUCUGCAGUGACAGUGAGGACUUGUUUGGGGACUACGACAGCCUCCUGGAGGACAGCUCUCUGCUGGAGAAGCUGGACCAUGCGGAGCAGUUGGAGUUCACCGCCCUGAGACACAAGGAGCCGGGCGAAGACGUCCUCACGGACUCCAUCCUGGACGUCCUCGGGGAUGAAGACUUACCGACCAGCCAGCGGCUGUUUGAGGAGCAAGUCGACAGGCCCCCGAAGAGGAGUCGCCCGCAGGACGGAGACGCAGCCUCGUCUCCUCUCAGAGACGCUGGGGACACGAGGAAGAGGAGGAGCGUGGCCGAUCGGAUGAAGAGGGCCAUGCUCUGCAACGCAGCGGCUCCCUCCAGCGUGUCACGCGGCGCCACCAUGAAGGAAGCGGUGGUCUCUGAGGAGAUCAGCAUCGCCAUGCGGGCCAUGGACUCCGUCUGUGCCGAGACCCCCGACCUCGGGCCCUUCUUCGGGCUCCCCAGCAGGGUGAAGGAGCUCAUGUUCAAACUGAGAGGAAUCCAGGGUUUAUACGACUGGCAGCAGACGUGUCUGAACCUGGACUGCGUGCAGCAGAGGAAGAACCUCAUCUACUCGCUGCCCACCAGUGGGGGGAAGACGCUGGUGGCAGAGAUCCUGGUCCUCAGAGAGCUGCUGUGCAGGAGGAAGGACUGCCUCUUCAUCCUCCCGUACAUAUCGUUGGUGCAGGAGAAGGUACGUGGGUUGGCGAGCUUCGGCCUGGAGCUGGACUUCCUGGUGGAGGAGUACGCAGGCAGCAAAGGGAGGUUCCCUCCCGUGAAGAGGAGGAACAACAGAUCCGUGUACAUUGCCACGAUAGAAAAGGCCCACAGCCUCGUCAACUCCCUGAUCGAGAGCGGCAGGGUGGAGGACCUCGGCCUGGUGGUGGUGGACGAGCUCCACAUGCUGGGAGACGGCAGCAGAGGAGCAAUCAUUGAAAUGACUUUGGCCAAAGUCCUCUUCACAAGCAAGAGCACUCAGAUCAUCGGGAUGAGCGCCACCUUGGGGAACAUCAAAGACCUGCAGACGUUCCUGAGGGCGGAGAACUACACCAACGACUUCAGGCCUGUGCAGCUGAAGGAGUACGUGAAGCUGACAGACACCAUCUACGAGGUCGACCCAACGCAAGAGGAAUGUUUUCAAUUCUCACGUCUUCUCAACUUUAAGUACUCCAGCUCCAUGCAGAAGGUGGAUCCGGAUCACAUCAUUGCUCUGGUGACUGAAGUCAUUCCAGCACAUUCCUGCCUGGUUUUCUGCCCCACCAAGAAGAACUGUGAGAACGUGGUGGGGAUGAUCUGCAAGUACCUCAAGAAGGAGUUCCUGGCGCUCCGGCAGCAGGAGAAGGCCGUCCUCCUCGGGGAGCUGCGGGCGAGCGGCAGCGGGUCGGCGUGUCCGGUGCUGCGGAGGACGGUGCCGUACGGUCUGGCCUAUCACCACAGCGGGCUGACGUCUGAGGAGAGGAAGCUGGUGGAGGAGGCCUACUCCAACGGGGUGCUGUGCCUCCUCACCUGCACCUCCACGCUGGCCGCAGGGGUCAACCUUCCAGCCCGCAGGGUGAUCCUCCGCUCGCCCUACGUGGCCUCAGACUUCCUGAAGAGGAGCCAGUACAAACAGAUGGUGGGCCGAGCCGGUCGGGCCGGGAUCGACGCCGUGGGAGAGAGCGUCCUCAUCCUGCAGGACGCCGACAGAGACGCGGCCAGAACCCUCGUCCUUGCUCCCAUGGAGAAGUGCUACAGCAACCUGCUGCGUGAUGGAGGGAGGGGCCUCCUGAGCCUCAUCCUGUCACUCAUCGGACUCAACAUCAGCUCGUCGGUGGGUUGCGUGAUGGACUUCCUGUGCGUGACGCUGCUGUGCGUCCAGCAGGAGGCGCUGUGUGCGGAGACCAGCCUGAAGGAGGAGGUGCAGCGGUGCGUCGACCUCCUGAAGGACAAAGAUCUUGUCACGGAGACGGCUCAAGGUCAGACGCUGCAGGUCACCAAACUGGGACGAGCAACCUUCAAAGGCUCUGUGGACCUGACCUACAGUGACCUCCUCUACAAAGACCUCUCCAAAGGCCUGGAGGGUCUUCUGCUCAACAGCUGCCUCCACCUGGUCUACCUGGUCACCCCGUACGACAUGAUCACACAGUGCAGGCCCGACUGGAUGGUGUUCUUCAGACAGUUCACGUUGCUGACGGAUGCGGAGCAGAAGAUGUCUGCAGCCGUCGGAGUUCCAGAGAGCUUCAUCGCCAGAAAAGCGGCAGGACAGACAGUGAGAAAGCCUGUCAGCAUGGAGGUGGUGAGCAGGAUGUAUCUGGCUCUGGUCCUCUUCUCUCUGCUGAAGGAGACCAACUUGUGGAGCGUCUCCGAGCGGUUCCACCUGAGCCGAGGCUUCGUCCAGAGUUUACUGGGCUCCUCUUCGGCUUUCUGCUCGUGCGUGCUGCACUUCACCGAGGAGCUGGAGGAGUUCUGGCCGUUCAGGGCUCUGCUGACGGAGCUGACCCGGAGGCUCAGCUACUGUGUGACGGCUGAGCUCAUCCCGCUGAUGGAGGUGGCCGGAGUGAUGGAGUCCAGAGCGAAGCAGCUCUACAACGCCGGCUACCGAACGCUGAGCCAGCUCGCCAACGCCGACCCGGCGCUGCUCUCCACCACGAUAGAAAACCUCUUCCCCAAACGAGCCAAUCAGAUCGUAGCCUCCGCCAAGAUGUUGCUGAAUGAGAAAGCUGCAGCUCUUCAGGAAGAAGUUGACGAGUUGCUGAUGAAGCCGUAACGACUCGUCAACGAUUCUUUGUUUUUUACUGCUUUUAUUUGUCUGAAAUACGAACUUGAUUAAAAUAAUAUACAAC